CAUAAUUAUUUUUAAAAGCUUGAAAUUAAAACAAAGUUAUCUUAAAGAAACAAAGACGGGUCAAUUAAGAAGCCACGUCAUAUUUAUUUUCGUCAUACAUUUUCCGUAAACAACGCAAUUCUUUUUAAACGUACAAUCAUCGAGACGUCAUUAUUUAAUAUAACCGGCGCGCAGAUUAGAACUGAAAAACCCACAUAUGCGCAAAAACGUCACGUUACAAAUCCGCAGUACGCCUCUGUUUGUGCUCAUCCGGCUUUAGGUCCCUAAAAAGCGCUCAUGGUGACACCUCCCCGUCUUCCUCCCACCCCACGGCCAACAUGCUCCCGUCCUGCUCGCACGCCCGCGACUCCGCUCCUAAAGCGACAAAACGCGACACACACUUCGCCCGCUAGACGACCGAAGCGACAGAGCACGCGCGCGCAAUACUCGUCUCUACACAACUUAGUUUUAAAGCUAGCGCUCCGGAUUGCGCGACACAUUAGAGGACAUUUACUCACCAUCAUUGAAAGAUCCUAUACGCCAGCAUAUCGUAUUGAUUUUCAACUUUAUCCUUAGCGCGUUAGACACCAUUUUCCCUUGUCAUAGCUAAAGGUGGUGUAAAGACACAGUUUUCAAAUGUCACGCAGUGUAGUCGUCUCUUUUCUCCGGAGUCCUGUCGCAUCUGCCCGGCUCCUUUGGCAUCCUUCAGCAUGCAUGUGUCCCCCCGCAUAUCUUUCAUCCCGCUCUACGGCGCCUGAAGCCCAGUGUCCGGUCUCACAGACUGUUAGGCGGUCGUGUCAGCGUCGCUCUUUGUAUAUGUUCCACACGAUAUAAUCACGAAUAUAUUUGUGUCUUGUACGUACGUACUACGUGUAUAGCGUGAAGGAUUAGAUGUGAAAUGUACUGUGAAGUGACGCUCAGUGCCGUUUGAUGUUUGUUUGUGUGGAAGACAGUCACCAGAAGCAUUCAUGAUUCAGGAAUCACAGUCAAGUAGCGCUGAAAGAUGGAGUGGUCGGGGACCGGAGCACAACAUGGCCCUGCAACAGAUUCUCAAGCUGCAGGAAGCGAGAGCACUGCACAAGACUUCUCUCCUUCCCAUCUACAAGAAGAAUGGCCUUCCAUCACCACCGGCCAGCUACGAGAAACUCGACAAGCGCCCGGAGUACCCAGACAGCCGAGCCUUCGAACAAUCCAAGCUAGAAGCAGAAUUUAGAAGACUCAUGGAACAGUCAGGGAAAGACAUCCGCAACGAUGAAUCUCUAAAACACUUCCAACAUAUGAUGGAAGCUAAACAACACUAUGAUUAUUUGAAAAGUAUCCAAGACAGAUAUGCGAGAAAUAAGUUACAAGAAGAAAGGCCAGAAGUUAAGAAAGAAGCAAUGUCACCCAGUCAUAACAGGUCGUCGCCUGAUCACCAGUCACCUUCUCAUAGAGUAUCAUCAGCCGAAGUAUCACCUAAUCAUAGCAUUCGCUUAUCUACCUCAUCCAGUCCUCUAUCAACCACUAGUCCAAUUAACUCAUCGCCCUUAAGUCACCUGCAAAACAUGCAACCCUUUGACUUCCGUAAACAUAAAACGAUUGAAAGUAAUGAUAAAGAAGAGAACAGAAAGCCAUACGAUUUAGGCUCUGCCGAAAAAGCAACCAUGGACCUCAUGAGAAGUCAAUUUUUCAACUUUCCAUUACCAACAAAUUUACCAAUUCCGCCUAUGUCAAUGCCUUCUUCGUUCAACCACCAAGCAGCGAUGGUAGCUGCUCUUAGCCAGAAUCCUAUGGGCUUAGCUUCUCUUCAAGCUUUAUUACCUCAGAUGUCUGCAAAACCAUCAGAUUUUCAAGAAAAUAAAUCGAUUAGCAACGACAAGGGCAGAACAGAUGACUCGAAACCUGACGAUGACAAUGUUCUCAAUUUAAGCAAAGACGCUUACUCGGAAGUUGCUCAGAACUCAAGAAACAUGAUGUUGGGAAAAUGCAUUAGUCCACCAAAAAGACAGUGGGGCGCGUCUCAGAUGCCAUUAAACUUAGGUACGCAUUUUAUUAACCCCGCGACUGGUAAGAAACGUGUUCAGUGCAAUGUGUGCUUAAAAACAUUUUGUGAUAAAGGAGCUUUGAAGAUUCAUUUCUCUGCAGUACAUUUACGAGAAAUGCACAAAUGCACUGUUGAAGGCUGCAGUAUGAUGUUUAGCUCAAGAAGAUCAAGAAACCGCCACAGUGCGAAUCCUAACCCUAAAUUACAUUCACCGCACCUAAGAAGAAAAAUUUCACCUCAUGACGGUAGAACCGCACAAGUUCAUCCAGUACUUAUCUCACCACAUAGAUCCGGACUUAAUAUUCCACCUGUAAUUAACCCCAUGCAUCCAUUUGGUUCUUAUCCUCUUUUAAAUCCACCUCACAAUAUGAAUCAGUUCCCGUCUAACUUGCCUUUGGAUUAUAAGAAUAAUAUGAAUAUGAGUUUUUCUUCGAACUUUGAUCAAACUCAGCCAAUGCGACGGGAAUCUGAUUCAGUGGAAAAUAAAGAUCAGGAUGGCCAGGGUGAAUCUGACGAAGAUGAUGGAAUAGUUGUCGUAGCGGGAGAUGACGAUGAUGAUGACAAUGAGCAUAUCGAUACUAGUGAUUAUUAUUCCACUCUUAACAAGUCCAUCGGAUCUAUAGACGAUUCAGAAACUGAUUUUGAUCAGAGAAGUAUCAGUGACAACAAUGAAAUAACAGAUAAUAAGAAAGAAAGAAACGAAACUGCUAGUCCUGAAGUAAUGAAACGUAAGCGUAAAAACUUAAAUCCAACUCGUUUACAAAACAACUUUGUAUCUGAAAAUGGAUCAUCUAACCAAAAACGCGACCAUCCGGAAGAAGACGAAAAUGAAUGUGCAAUGGACUUAAAAAGGGUUAAAACUGAAGAAAGUACGCCUUCUGAAAACAAUUACACGACAAAACAUGAACAACCUGAAAUAUCAGAAGUAAAACAAGAAAAAUCCCCUGUGAAGGAAGAACCAACUGACAUGAGCUACAAUAUUCAAGAUUUGAGAGUUAAGGAUGAACCAGUUGAGAAGCAAAACAUUUAUAAACAGGCGGAAAAUCAACCUAGUGAAGAUAAGUUUUCUUCAGAAAACGCAUUGAAAAGACUAGAAAGUUUAUCAAAAGGCGACUUUCCAAGCAUUCCUAAGAAAAAUGACUCUCACUCACUAGGACCAUAUAACUUAUCAAUGAACGAUUCAAUUGAUUAUUCUGAUAGAUCUCCAUCUUCAUCAGUGUCUAGUUAUGAUUAUAAUGCCGAAGACACACAUGGGCAAAUCUUUGGACAUUUCGACAACGGCUUCUUUGUCAGCUCAUCAGAUGUUCCUAUGGACCAUGAAAACCCCCGAAAAUGUACUGUGUGCGGAAAGAUAUUCCAAAACAUUUACGUACUAAAAACUCACUACCAAAAUGCUCAUUUGAAACUUAUGUACAAAUGUAACGUUGAAGGUUGCCGAGCUGCAUUUUCAACUAAGCGAAGCAAAGACCGCCAUAGUGCGAAUAUGAGUCUACAUAGAAAAAUAGAAGAGUACAGAAUAUCAGAAGAAUCUUCACGGAUUUUAGAUAAAAUUCGAGAGCAAAUGGAGUUCAUUUCACGGUACAACGAGGAUGAACGUGCUGUCCCCUACGUAGAGUCACAUAUCUACUACAGGGCAAAAGAGUCCGAUAAAUUGAAGAACCAUUUAAGUCAACAUUUGCCCUUCACAACACCCUACCCACCUCUACAGUUACCAGAAUCCUACCUAAACAAUAGGGAUAUGUUUGCACAGCACUCGUUCCUGUUCACUCCAUUUGGCAUGCUCCCGAACUUUCCUCCGAUUCCAUUGGGAUUCCUGCCACCUAGUCUGAAUGCCUUUGGCUGUCAACCGAACUUUUCCCCACCGCUUUCGAGAAAACUGAACUAUUAUGUCGAAGAUGAAGCGCCAAGACCAAACAAAGAUGGUAGUUAUCCAUGUCGGGGUUGUAAAGACAGCUUUAAAGACUUGACUAGUUUGAAGCAUCACUGUGAAAGCGUACAUGUGCAAUCAUUACACCGGUGUACCGUCAGUGGUUGUAACGCCGCGUUUUUCUCGAGGACUAAGAGGAAUAUGCAUUACGAAUCUCAUGUAGCGCGCAGACAGAACGGUAGGAUCCACGUGAACCCCUCGUGACCUGAAUAGUCCUAUUGACUGAACAGUCGAAUCUCCAGUGCAUUUGUGAUUUAAUUUAGUAUUACCAAAUAGCGUGUUUAGGUUAAAAUGCAGUACCAAUACGUUGUUCUCAUUAGGAUGAGGUGUGGUAUCCCUGUAAAUAUGGCGUCCGCCAAUUCUGAAUCUUUGCAAUGUAAAUAUUAGAGUAGAUAUCGCUUAGAUUUUUCCAUUUGUUAUACAGUAGAUAGAUUUAAUUGUAAUUCAACAUUCCAUAGUAAUAACUCGUGCAAUAAAAAUGUAUAUAAAUAAUAGGGAAUAAUGUACAAAGUUUUGGCUGAUGUAUUUAGUGUUGAUAAAUCUUUAUGUACUUACAAUUCAUGCGAUAUAUCAAUUUUUGAAUCUAAAUUUAAGUUCAGUAUUAGCACAAAAUGGGUUGUCUUAAAAAUGUAUUAAGAUUUUUCAUAAUUAUUGAUGAUAAUAUUUUUACUUAGUAAAAGUCACUCAAAAUUGUUUAUUUAAAUAACAACUCGCCACUAAAACCCAGACAAAGUAAGGACAACCAUCUCAUCAUAUCUCCUAAUAUUUUGGUGCUAAAUAUUAUUUCGUAACUGUACACUUCGUUAAUCUCAAUUAAAAUUGAUACGUGUAAAAGAUAAUAGAAAUACUUUAAAUUGUAUAAGUACCAAAAAGUAUUAAAAACUUAAUUUUUAAGAUUGUAUUAUAUAGAAAAACAUAUAUACUUCCUUUUUGCCAAACGAUAAUAAGUACGUAAUAAAAAUGUUUGGAAAAUAUUAUUUUGUUAUU